AUGAUUAUAGCAGCAUGGUUAUUAGGAAUUCUUGUGACGCUGUUUCCCGCAGCCACGUACGAUGGAAUACGAGUCGACCUUAACGACACUCAUUACACUGUCAUAUGCCGAUAUGUUGAGCUUUUCUAUCCGUUCAAAAUAACACUUAUUCUCUUCCCAAUACAAUUCCUACUUCCCACUGUAUUCAUCAUAUACGUUAAUGUAUCUUUAAUAAGAACUGUAUGGAUAAAGCGUAAAAGACAACUUUCUUGUAAUAUGAACAAUGCGUUCAAGGCUCAUUUGAGAGCCACAAGAAUCAAAGGAAUAUCUCUUCUUAUAGCCCUGACAUUCGCCUUUAUUUUUCCCUUCUCUCUCUCUGUAGUCAAUGCAGCUUAUACACAGAUUGCUAAACCACAACGUGAUUUCUCAACUGACUAUAUGAUACGUUAUGGUUCUGGCAGUAUAGCAUUUUUAAACCCUCUGUUAAACGUCAUAAUUUACUUCGCUCAGAUGAAAGACUUUCGUGAAUUUUUGAGGAAGCGUUUUUUUCCGAAAAAGGAAUAA